UUACUCUUGAUAGAAUAUAAAGAUACUGAAGAACGUCGACCAUUCCCACGACAAAGACACAUAGCAGUUAGAAACGUAACUUGAUUAAAAAAAAAAAAAUGCCUCAAAGAGAAAGAAAGGGUUAAAGACAAGGACGAAAGCGGAGAAACUUAAGCCUUUUCGUAUCUUAUCACCUCUUAACAAAGAGAAAGAGUAUAGCCAUCCCUCGUUUCUACCGUUAUGUAUCUGUCAGUCACUUUUGGAAAUCUCCGAGCCUCCAUUAAUGUCAUCGUUCAUUCACACACCCUUCUCUCUUUAUAUACAUAUGUAUAUAUAUAUAUAUAUGUAUGUAUGUAUGUUAUAGUCCCUGCAAUACACAGAUCAUUAAGCAGACUGUGUGUAGUAGCUAAGUAAACUGUAGCGAGUGUUUCUAACUGUAUAGUUUUCAUUUCAAGUCCAUAUAUCCAUGGCCAUUGCGACGAGUUUUCCAACAGUUAAUAAAUGUCCUUCUGUAGGACGGGAGAAGCACACUGUGGUGGCUGACAUGGACGGAACCCUACUGCGAGGAAGAAGCUCAUUUCCGUAUUUUGCGCUGGUGGCAUUUGAGGUUGGCGGAGUUUUGAGGCUUCUUUUCUACGUCAUGCUGGCCCCUAUCGCCGGCCUUCUCUACUACUUAGUGUCUGAGUCUGCCGGCAUCCAAGUCCUGAUCUUCGCCUCCAUGGCCGGAAUGAAGGUGUCAAGCAUCGAGUCGGUGGCGCGUGCGGUGCUGCCCAAGUUCUACGCCGGAGACCUGCACCCGGAGAGCUGGCGCGUGUUCUCCUCAUGUGGGAAACGUUGUGUGCUGACGGCGAAUCCGAGGAUAAUGGUGGAGCCGUUUCUGAAGGAAUUCUUGGGGGCUGACAUGGUGCUGGGGACGGAGAUAAGGACGUUGAAGGGAAGGGCCACAGGGUUGGUUUCGGAGGCAGGGAUACUUGUGGGAAAGAAGAAAGCUGGCGCGUUGAGGAAGGCUUUCGGCGAUGAACAGCCAGAAAUUGGGCUUGGUGAUAGGUCAACCGAUGCUCCUUUCAUGGUUUUGUGCAAGGAGGGUUACAUCGUGCCAUCGAAACCAGAAGUGAAAGCCGUGACAAGCGACAAGCUUCCGAAGCCCAUCAUCUUCCACGACGGCCGUCUCGUCCAGAAACCCACACCUCUCUUUGCUUUGCUCACAAUCCUAUGGAUCCCCAUCGGUUUCCCCUUAGCCGUCCUCCGCAUCGCCGCCGGAUCACUUCUUCCCAUGCACUUAGUCUACUAUGCCUUCUGGGCACUUGGCGUUCGUGUGAAGGUCAAGGGCACACCACCGCCUCCGGUGAAGAAAGCUCAAGGUCAAUCCGGCGUCCUCUUUAUCUGCUCUCACAGAACCCUACUCGACCCUAUCUUUCUCUCCACCGCCCUCGGCCGCCCCAUCCCCGCCGUCACGUACUCUGUCUCCCGCCUCUCUGAGAUCAUCUCACCGAUAAAGACCGUCCGUCUGAGCCGUGACAGGGCCACCGACGCGGCCAUGAUAAAGAAGCUCUUGGAGGAAGGUGACUUGGCCAUAUGCCCAGAAGGGACGACUUGUAGGGAGCCAUUUCUUCUGAGGUUUUCGGCCUUGUUCGCGGAGCUGACCGACGAGCUGGUGCCGGUGGCCAUGGUGAACCGGAUGAGCAUGUUUCACGGAACGACGGCAAGAGGGUGGAAAGGGAUGGACCCAUUUUACUUCUUCAUGAACCCUAGCCCUGCUUAUGAGGUAACGUUCUUGACCAAGUUGCCAAAAGAGCUGACUUGCAGCUCAGGAAAAUCAAGCCAUGAGGUUGCGAAUUAUAUACAGAGAGUGAUUGCUUCAACAUUGUCUUAUGAGUGCACGAGCUUUACGAGGAAGGAUAAGUACAGAGCACUGGCUGGGAAUGAUGGCACCAUGACGGAGAAACCUCUGCUCAAGCCAAACAAGGUGAUGGGCUGCUGAUCAAUAUUGGACGACUUAAAAGUUUGUAAAAUCAGUGAUGGCAAUAAAGCAAUGGAAAUAAAUCGAUGAGAUUUUCAUUAGAAUAGGAUCUUUGUUCUGGUGAAACCCAGACACCUGAAGUUCUCGAAGCCAUAGAUAUUUAAAGACUGCGCUUCUUUCGGUACUUCGAGUUCUAAGAUUAAUUAAUUAAU